AUGGAUCCAAGAGUCACUUACUUAUCUCCUAACACACACCAUUUCUCUCCAAUGGCUACAACACCACCAUGGGAAGAGCUCUUAGGCUCAAAGAAUUGGGACACUCUCUUAGACCCAUUUGACCAAUCUCUUCGCCAACUCAUUCUCCGUUGCGGCGACUUUUGUCAAGCCACUUACGAUGCUUUCGUCAACGACGAAAACUCCAAGUACUGUGGAGCAAGCCGUUACGGCAAAUCUUCCUUCUUCGACAAGGUCAUGCUCGAAUCCGCAUCUGACUACGAGGUCACGAGCUUUCUCUACGCCACAGCUCGUGUCGCUCUCCCUCAAGGUUUGCUUCUCCACUCACAAUCACGAGAUUCUUGGGACCGCGAGUCUAACUGGUUCGGUUACAUUGCUGUUACGUCUGAUGAACGGACUAAGGCCUUGGGACGCCGUGAGAUCUACGUGGCUUUGAGAGGGACGAGUAGGAACUAUGAGUGGAUCAAUGUUUUGGGGGCUAGGCCUACUUCAGCUGACCCGUUGCUUCACGGACCGAAACAGAGCGGUUUUGGUUCUGACUCUGGUGCGGUUGGAGCUGGUAGUACUUAUAGCAGUGACAGUGAAGACGAAGAGGGGUGUAAAGUGAUGCUCGGGUGGCUCACAAUCUAUACUUCUGAUCACCCGGAGUCGAAGUUCACAAAGCUGAGUCUAAGGUUACAGUUGCUAGCUAAGAUCAAGGAGCUCCUGUUGAAGUAUAAGGACGAGAAUCCGAGCAUUGUGUUGACCGGACAUAGCUUGGGAGCUACAGAGGCUGUUAUCGCCGCCUUUGACAUAGCUGAGAACGGUGCCAACGAUGAUGUUCCAGUCACUGCGAUUGUAGGAAACAAGGAGUUCAAGGACGAGGUAACGCGUCACAAGAACUUAAAGAUCCUGCAUGUAAGGAACACGAUUGAUCUCUUAACUCGAUAUCCAGGAGGACUCUUGGGGUAUGUGGAUAUAGGAACCAACUUUGUGAUCGAUACAAAGAAGUCACCUUACCUUAAGGAUUCAAGGAAUCCAGGGGAUUGGCACAAUCUUCAGGCAAUGCUCCAUGUCGUUGCGGGAUGGAAUGGGAAGAAAGGAGAGUUUAAGCUGAUGGUGAAGAGAAGUAUUGCAUUAGUGAACAAGUCAUGUGAGUUCUUGAAAGAUGAAUGUUUAGUGCCAGGAUCUUGGUGGGUGGAGAAGAACAAAGGACUGAUCAAGAACGGAGAUGGUGAAUGGGUCAUUUCUCCACCAGACGAAGAACCUGAACCUGAGUUCUAA